AGGUGGAUGAUUGAUUAGUUUAAUAAUAAGAAGAAAAAUUAGAAAAUAGUGCUAGCCGGCUCAUAUCGAAUGCAUCCACCUACGAACCACUCUUUCCUUCUUCUUCUUCGAGGUUUCUUCUUCAGCUCCGAAACCAUAUAUUCCUUCGUCGUCUUCUUCUUUUCCCUAACUUUCUUCUUCUGGAUCUCCCAAACACCAAUCCUGACAGACCAAGCUUCUCCGCAAUCCUCUUCCCCUCGUGGGGAUGCGGAAUCCUCCUCCAGUUCUCCGCCUGAUGCUAUGAUAUCUUCCAGAGAUCCCGACGCUCUCUUUAGCGGCGGUGGAAUCAGCUUUUUAGCGGGGAAUCAUCGGCCUGUGAAGUUUAGUUAUGGGUAUUCGAGUCUCAAGGGUAAACGAGCAACAAUGGAGGACUUCUUCGAGACUAGAAUAUCUGAUGUUGAUGGACAAAUGGUUGCCUUCUUCGCCGUCUUCGAUGGUCACGGUGGUGCAAGAACUGCAGAAUAUCUUAAAAACAAUCUUUUCAACAACUUAGUUACUCAUCAUGACUUUAUCUCAGACACCAAGAAAGCCAUUGUGCAAGUGUUUAAGCAGACGGAUGAGGAGUAUCUCGUUGAAGAGAGAGGACAGCCUAAGAACGCUGGCUCAACCGCAUCAACUGCUUUCCUUGUUGGAGAUAAGUUGAUCGUUGCUAACGUUGGUGAUUCUAGAGUUGUAGCGUCUAUAAAUGCCUCAGCUGUUCCGCUUUCUAAUGAUCACAAACCUGAUAGAUCAGAUGAGCGACAGAGGAUUGAAGAUGCUGGUGGCUUCAUCAUCUGGGCUGGAACAUGGCGAGUUGGUGGAAUUCUUGCUGUGUCCCGGGCAUUUGGAGACAAGCAACUUAAGCCAUAUGUAAUUGCGGAGCCAGAGAUUCAGGAGGAGGAUAUAAGCACGUUGGACUUUAUUGUUAUCGCCAGCGAUGGAUUGUGGAAUGUGUUGUCAAACGAGGAUGCCGUGGCAAUAGCACGAGACAUUUCAGAUGCGGAAACAGCUUCACGAAAGUUAGUUCAAGAAGCAUACGCACGGGGUAGCUGCGACAAUAUCACUUGCAUUGUUGUUCGAUUUGAGGUUUCUUGAGAUUGAGCCAAAGGCGUACAUUGUUCUUCUUUGAAUGCAUCGUCUUCAGCUUUGGCCUUCUCCUUCCAUGUAUUGGUUAUAUAUUAUAUAAAACAAAAAAAAAACAAUGAAAACACUAUCAUUUUUA